ACGUGGACUGUGCGAAUGACUGUGAUGCGGCAGUGAAGAUGCACCUGCCGUACGAGUCGCGCGGCCGACGGCGGCGUGAGAUGGCCGAGCUGGAGCCCUGGUGGCUGCAGUCCAUCAUCGACGAUACUCUCGUCGACCACCCUGAUCUUGUGCGCACAGGCAGCCCAGACUACAUGUGUACAAUGCUGCCUUUACACUGGCGGUCAAACAAAACACUGCCGACUGGUUUCAAAGUGGUGGCUCUCGGAGACGUAAUGGACGGCAUCAGGGUGACGAUAAGAGCAGGGAACGAUGAGAACUGCUGUGCAGAACUUAGGAACAAUGUAGCGCAUAUGAAAGGCAGAAUUGCUAAGUUCAAUGACCUCAGGUUCGUUGGGAGAAGUGGACGAGGAAAGAGCUUCUCUUUAACGAUCACGGUGGAGACGACUCCUCCUCAAGUGGCCACCUACCAGAAGGCCAUCAAGGUCACGGUGGACGGACCAAGGGAGCCGCGAUCCAAGACAAACUACCCAUUCGCAGGCACGAACGCCUCAACUCAACACAUACGAAGCAUCGGUUUCCAGCGCUCCUUCCUGGACACCACUUCCCUGGCGCUGAGAGACUCCAUGGAGUACAAGAACUCGUCUUCAAGAAGUCUGCGCUCGCUGUCACAUGAGGAACGAGAGUACAAGACUAACGCCAAUUUACCCGCUGCAGAGAGCAGCGGCAAUAUCUUGGGCGCGAGCGAAUGGAACACCGGUUACCCAUCCACGGCCACCGUCUACCCAUCCUAUGCCCCGUUGCAGGCGCCUUAUUAUAAGCCCGACAUGCAUAUACCUGCUGCAGUUCUACCGGAAAUACCUCUAAGCCAUCCAGAAUACAGCGGAUUCCAGUCCCCGACAACACCCUACAAGAGCAACUCUAGCACACCAAGCACCGCGCUAACCGAGCUCAACGCAUCGGCAGUGAACGCGCAGCGUUACGACCCAACAUACUACAACACGUGGUCGGCAAACACCUACAACUACAACAACUACCAAUACAACAAUAUCAACAACAACCCCGCGUGCAUACAAUCACACACACCAUACAUAAAUCCAAAUCCCCAAAUGAUACUACCAAAUUUGUAUUCCACCGUAAACCAAAAUCAAAUACAUGUACAUUUGCAUAGUUCCGAUAAGCAUGUUGAACAGUACAUCCCUAGCGAGAUUAAAAUAAGCGAUAUUGAUGGCGGAAUAUCGAUAACUACAGAAUUACAAGCUGGAGAAGCAAGUGGUCUAGUACCUUCAUGUGAAACUGGAGACGAUGUCAAACAUGGUUUAUACGCAGGUUCCCAAGAAGGUGGCGUAUGGAGACCGUAUUGACAAUACGCCAGUCUUAAUUACAUCUCUAAUGCUCAAACAACUAACGUAAAAGAUGAUAAUCAACAUUCCAUUGUACAUAUUGUGAUAUAAUUACGUAUAAUUUAGUUAUAAUUUGUAUAGAAUUUCACAUAAAUUAAUGUUAAACAUUAGCUAUUUUAGUUGUUAAGUGUUAUUAAAUGUAUUGAAAUUAUUAGU